AUGGAGCUUGCACCGCCGCUGAAUGGAGCUCGCGCCGUCGCCGCCUUUGUUGGGAUUGGGCUCGCGCCGGGAUGGAGCUCGAGGAGGAAGGCAGCGACUGGAAUGGGAUGGGGGAGCAGCGGCUGGAAGUGGAGGAGCUCACGCGGCGGAGGGACCUCUGCUGCCCUUAACCCGCCCCGGCGCAGCCACGAUGCGCGGUGGCGGAGCAUCGUGCCGUACGCCGCAAAGUGGUUCGCGUAUGCGACCACGGCGCGCAGGUGCGCCCGCUGCAGGCCCGCGACGGCGCCCCGCAUCCGCGUGUUCAGUACGGCCAGGGAGAAAGAGAGUGGCCACAGGGUUGCCGGAAGAGGGGCACCCUGCUCGGAUCUGACUUAG